AUGGCCCCACCACCCAAGUACGACGUAUCACCCGAGGUGCCAAUUCGGGUUACUGAUCUUCUAAACCAGGCUCAGAUCCCCUGCUGUCUUUGGGAAAAUCUCAUGCUCAGUGUCCUCGGAGCAUCAGUGGAAGUCACGGACGCAGAUUUUAUCAUUCCAGAUCAGCAGAUGGCGACCGCAGCCGUAGUCCUCGUAAGUAACAACUUCAAGGAAUGCACAAUGUCCGUGGACGACUGCCCCAAGUUCGGCCCGCUGCGCGGCGAGCCCCGUCCAGCGCGCCACUUCUUCUUUGACGACGGGACGCACACCGGCGAAAACUCCCAGACCGUGAAUCUCUGGGCCCACCGCUCUCUGCUGGGUCACUUCCCUGAGAUCCCUUGUAAUGUGCCGUCUAGGGGCGUGCACGGCCACCCCUACAUCUCCGCCGCGCACACAACCCUCCUCCCGCCCCAUGUUCCAGGGAGGUGCAUUGGACGGCUACAGGAUCUUGUUGUCGAAGGCCGGAGGGUCAACGUAAUUACCUUCAAGCCAACCCCACUGAUUGAGCAUCUGCUGAUCCUGCUCUCCCGGGACAUUGACCGCCGCCCUCCGGCUGAGCAUGUCUGGCGCUCAUACCUCUCUGCUAUCCUGGAGGCCCAGAACUACCAUGGAAUGGCUGACGUUGCCGGUUUUGAGUGGGCACUGACAAGGACAGCUUGGGUUGCCUUGCUUGAGAACUCGCCCUCGAGCUUUGACAAAACAUUGAGGCGCAUGCAGGCGGACGAUAUUAUGGGGAGGACGCGGGCGCGCUGA